AUGGCUAAUCAACAAGAGGAAGAGACCAAGCCUUUGAGGGAUUAUUUUGGGGGUUUGCCUAAUGAUGAUCCGAAUGCUCAUAUUAUAAAUAUCCUAAAAAUCUGUGAUACUUUCAUCGCUAAUGGUGUUGCUGAUGAUGCCAUAAGAUUGAGGCUUUUCCCUUUUUCAUUGAGAGAUAAAGCAAAAAAUUGGUUAAAUUCGCUUCCUGCUGGUUCCAUUAAUACUUGGGAUAAUUUGGCUAAAAAAUACUUAGCAAAAUUUUUCCCACUUACAAAGUUAGCAAAGAUGCGAAAUGAUAUCGCUUCUUUCAUGCAAUUUGAUUCUGAAUCACUAUAUGAGGCUUGGGAAAGGUAUAAGGAUUUGAUGAGAAGAUGUCCUCACCAUGGAUUACCUAAGUGGCUACAAGUUCAGACUUUUUAUAAUGGUUUGUUGGGACAUUUUAGAACUACCAUUGAUGCUGCCGCUGAAGGUGCACUUAUGAGCAAAUCCAUUGAUGAGGCUUAUGAUUUACUUGAAGAGAUAGCUUUUAAUAAUUAUCAACGGCCAUUUGAAAGAUUGGGUACAAGAAAAAUUGCUGGAAUUCAUGAAUUAGAUGUGAAAAACAAUGUCUCUACACAAUUGGCUUCUCUCGUAAAGAGAAUAGAUAAACUGAGUGUUAAUGAUGUUCAUAACUCCUUUAUGAAAUGUGAAUUUUGUGGGGAAGGACAUUCCAAUGACAAUUGUCCCAUCUAUUCUGAGUCUUGUCAAUUUGUUGGAAAUAGGCAACAGAACAAUCCCUAUUCCAACAUUGAUAAUCCUGGUUGGAGGAAUCAUCCUAAUUUUUCAUGGAAUAACAACCAAGAGUCUUCAUCAGCGACUAAGUCUAACUUUCCUCCUUGA